CCCUGUAUAAACCUGCUGCACAAAAAUGAAAACAGUUCAGGAACAACCUCACACAAAACCUGCAACAAAAUUGGACCCAAAACAACAUCAAAUUCUCAUCCAGUGCACAAUCUAAUUCAGUUCAAGAACCAAAGCUGCCCGACACCUAGAGAAUUAAUUCUACAUCAGCAUACCAUGUUCGGAAUAAUAAAAACCAUUGCCUACACCUUACACAUUGCAGCCCCAUUCUAAUCAACCCUGCACAUCACUAAAAUUAAGAGCAAACCAGAUUUCCGUCAAGAACCUAUCAGAAAAAACUUAUACAAAAUCCAAAUCUGCACAUAUAGUCAGCUCCAUACCAUAACUAAUUUCCUAACUAUCAAUUAACAAAAACCAAAACAGUUUCUUAACCACCUACCAUCACCCUAUACUUUCAAAACCAUACUAAACCACCCAUCAAAAUACUUCAUAAUUCCAAUCAGUUUUCACCUACACCCCAUCCUAACUUCUAACAAAAAUAUAAUUUCAGUUCAGCCCCAUUCAACUACUAAUAAACCAUCCAAAAAUUCUACAAUCAGCACCACACAGUCCAUAACAUGCCAAAAAACAGUUUUGUUAAUCACAUAAAUUAACCCCUAAUCAUAUAUUAACCCUGCAGCAAAUCCAAACUGGUAGCAUACCAUAGAGAAAUCAUAAACAAAAACUCAGUUUUGAUUAACCUUGAACCUAGCCAUUCACAGAACCAUCAAAUCUUAACAGUUUUCAAAACUAACCUCACUUUUAAACUCUCAACAAAAAUUCAAAUAACCUGCCACCAGUUUCUCUUUACAUCUCUACUUCUAACCAACCUUUAUAGCCAGAGAACAAAAUUUUCAUAAAGGUCAGCAACUCACGCUUUCCAAUCCAAACCAGGUCAAAUAAACAGAAUUCAGUUCUCCUAUAACCUCUCCUUACCAGAAUUUCACAAGCCAAUUUUUUUAACCACCUUUUAACAGGCAAUCCAAAUAGAUACACUACACCCACACUAUUUCACAAUUCGACUCAGAAUUCACCAUGUUCAUAAAACAUUCAGACUUGUUGCGUCUAAAACCUUUAGCAUAACAUCAACAAAAACUCCACUUACCGGCAUUUUACUAACGGUUUAGCAUUGAAGAUUCAACGUAGUUACACCAUACAAACUCUUUAAACUCAGACCAUGAUCUCAUAUCCGUGAGUUGCUGCCACAAAAAAAAUCAGCCCUGCAUAUGAACAAAAACCAAAGAAGACCGGUUCAGACUAACAGAACUCCAAAGGAAAUCGACAAUUAAGAAGGGAUUGAGAGCAAACAGCAGCAUAACAGAAGUUACGAUAAAUCCCUAACCUCAUAAAAACCAAACAACAUCACUAUGCUGACAGAUCCAUCAAACCUGCGACCAAAACAAGAGAAAUUCAUAUUAGUCCCACAUUCAAAGAAUCAAAAAUGUGCUGUAAACUGAGUCCCACAUUCAAGAAAUUGAAAAAACACUUUGCAAGCUGUAAUUCUGAGUCCCACAUCUAAGGAUUCCUAAUGAUCACCCAAUGAUUGCCCUAUAAAUAGUCAGCUCCACCCAUUCAGAAGGGGACCUAAGCACUAUCAGCUUUCAUCAUUGUCUCGCUUGUAGACUUUGAAGAAAGAAGUGAAAAGCCUCAGUUCAAACACUCUCACCACCUCCCUCACACUCACCAUACGCACAUUUCAGAGCUGUUGAAGUUCAUCACUAGGACUUCAACAAAGCUUGUGCUAAACCACUCUCUCUCUCACCCGCAACACACGGCAAGAACGACGCUCACACAGAAAUUCAGCAGAAAGGAAGAAGACGAAGAAGAGACAUUCGAGUAAAGAGAAACGAAGCAAGAAAGCAUUACCUCACCUCCGGUAUUCUCUUCAAUCUUCUUUCGGCGCAUCAGGAACAUUUGGCUUUGUCUCCGACCAACUCAUGGCUCCUCCAUUGAAGACUGGUAGUCGCAACAUCUCCUACACAUUUCUAAAUCCGAAUCUGGAUUCUCUCGAGUGUCUGGUUAAGAAGAUCACGCCGGAUGAAACAACCAGGUUCCGUGAAAAGUAUGGGUAUAUUCUGAGUCUUCUCAAGAUGCCCUUCACCAAAUACGAGCAAGAAGGAGUUCAUACCUUGCUUCAGUUCUACAACCCUUCUCUCCGUUGCUUCACGUUCCCUGACUACCUUUUGGUUCCCACAUUGGAAGAAUAUUCUCUUUUCCUUGGUGUUCCGAUCAAGAAGGGAGAAGUUCCGUACUAUAGCACCAUGGAGGCUCCCACUUCUAUUGAAAUCUCCAAGGCUCUUUAUUUGAGCAAGUCAGUUGUUGAUGCAAAUCUUUCCGAGAGAGGGAGAUAUCAGGGUUUUCAUAUGGAGUUCCUGGUCAAAAGAGGGUGUGAUGCUGCUGAAGCGAAAGAAUGGGACACUUUUAGGGCUAUCCUGGCUCUAAGUAUCUACGGUAUCCUAAUGUUCCCGAACGUGCCUGAUUUUGUUGAUAUGAGUGCAAUCCAUUUGUUCAUUCUACAGAAUCCUGUUCCUACACUCUUGGGGGAUGUUUAUCAUUCAGUUCAUCAAAAGAACCGUCAAAAGAAGGGUUUGGUCAGAUGUUUUGCUCCUUUGCUAUACCGUUGGUUCAGAUCACAUUUGCCUGAACGUGGAGCUUUCGUCGAUAGUAGGCACACCUCUAAAUGGGCUGAAAGGAUUAUGGGACUUAGAGCCAAAGACAUUGUAUGGUAUAACAGAUCUUUGGAAGACAAGGAGGUUAUCAUGAGUUGUGGAAAGUUCAAUAAUGUGCCCCUCAUGGGUGUUAGAGGUGGGAUCAAUUAUAAUCCCGUCUUGGCUAGGAGAACUUAUGGGUAUGCUUUCGUCAAUCCUCCUGAGCAAUCUGAGAUAGCUGAGAACAUUUUCUAUCAUGUGGUCACCGACAAUGGGCAGAUGGCAGAAGCUGUACAAGCCUGGAAGAACAUUUGUUGGAGAGACAAGAAGCAUUUUGGUCAAAGGGACUGUGCGACUUAUGAAGACUAUACUAAGUGGGUCGAAACUGUGGCUAAUACCCAAGGAAUGCCUUUCCAUAUCAAGGAUCCUUUAUACCCUCCUGUUGGCGCACAACCCAACAUUGUCUCCAUGCCUCGUUAUAAUCAGACUGUUGAGCAGAAUCGGAAAUUGACUGAACAAAUGGAGACGAUGCAAGUUAAGAUGAAUACCGAUAGGCAAGAGAAGCUUUCUGCCCUUCAUAAGUUGAAAAUGAGAGAAAUAGAGCUUGAAGAGUUGUAUGCCAAAGGAAGCACUUCUCAGAAGAGGCCGAGAGUGGUUGUCGAUCCCAAGUCCACUAAAAUUCAAGAGAGGAAGAUCAAAGAGCAUUAUGAGGACCAGUUGGCGGAAUUGACAAAAAGGCUCCAAAUCCAGACUGAUAUAGCCAAAUCAGAGAAAGUCCGUCGAAAGAAAGCAGACAAGCUCCUUCUGGAACGUCAGGCAAGGAUUGAGGGGUGUUAUGAAGAGAUUCGCAAGUUGAAGGGUCGAGUGGAGGAAAAGGGCCAAAGUGAUACUCAAGCUCAAGAGGAAGCCAGAGGUUGGGAAUUGAGAAGCCGUUACUUGGAGACCAUGCAUUUUAGAAAGGACCUAUUGAUUCAAGAAGUUGUUAAAAGACCAACCCAUGAUGAGACCAAAAAGCUGUUUGAAGAAAUGAAGGCUUGGAGCUAUAAGAACAUUGGAGAUAGCCCACUUCGUCAUUUGGACAUGGGGGAUCCUGCUUAGUAUUGGUUUUUGUUAUAGAAUCACCACCAGUCUUGUUGGAUGGGGUUCUUAUUUCCAUUUUCUGUAUUGUUGGCUCAUGAGAGCAGAAUAUUUUGUACUUCAAACGUGGUUGUGGAAUUAAUGGAUUAUGGUUGUUUAUCUUGGUUGCGC